UGGGCACUGCCAGCUUCGGCGCUACCCGCUCUGCCGUCGCGCCGCCAUUUUGAAGACGGGAAGAGUCCGGGUCUCCAACACCUGGAGGCGGCGGCGUAGACUGGAAUAACUUUACAAAAGGGAAGAUAUUUUUCGCCUGCCCUUCCCGCCAGAAAUGGCCAAUGUGCUCUGUAACAGAGCCAGACUGGUUUCCUAUCUCCCAGGAUUUUGCUCUUUAGUUAAAAGGGCUGUCAAUCCCAGAGCCUUUUCAACUGCAGGAUCUUCAGGUUCUGAUGAGUCUCAUGUGGCCACUGCACCUCCAGAUAUCUGCUCUCGAACAGUUUGGCCCGAUGAAACUAUGGGACCAUUUGGACCUCAGGAUCAGAGAUUCCAGCUUCCUGGGAACAUAGGUUUUGAUUGUCACCUCAAUGGGACCACAUCACAGAAGAAAAGCCAGGUUCAUAAAACUUUACCUGAUGUUCUAGCAGAACCUUUAUCGAGCGAAAGACAUGAGUUUGUUAUGGCACAAUAUGUGAAUGAAUUUCAGGGUAAUGAUGUACCUGUUGAGCAAGAAAUUAACAGUGCGGAAACUUACUUUGAAAGUGCCAAAGUAGAGUGUGCAAUCCAAACAUGUCCGGAAUUGCUGCGAAGAGAUUUUGAAUCACUGUUUCCAGAAGUAGCCACCAACAAACUAAUGAUUCUGACUGUAACACAGAAAACUAAGAAUGAUAUGACUGUUUGGAGUGAGGAGGUAGAAACUGAAAGAGAAAUGCUCUUAGAAAAGUUCAUCAGCGGUGCUAAAGAAAUUUGCUACGCCCUUCGAGCUGAAGGCUAUUGGGCUGACUUUAUUGACCCAUCAUCUGGUUUGGCAUUUUUUGGACCAUAUACAAACAACACUCUUUUUGAGACAGAUGAACGCUAUCGACAUUUAGGAUUCUCUGUUGAUGAUCUUGGUUGCUGUAAAGUGAUUCGUCACAGUCUCUGGGGUACCCAUGUGGUUGUAGGAAGUAUCUUCACUAAUGCAACACCAGAGAGCCAUAUUAUGAAGAAAUUAAGUGGAAACUAGCAGUAAUGUCAACUUAUUUGCUCUGCUAUUUGUAACAUUUGGGAUGAUCUAUACACUGUCGAAGGCUUCAGUUUUCAAAAUUUAAUUCCUUGUAGGUAUUUAUUUCAACAUUUAUGAAUUUACAAUAUUGGCAAGCGGUUUGUGAUUUUUAAAUUUCAAAUGUUCAUUCAUAAUAUCAUUAAAUACAUCUUGAGCACAUCCACAUUGUAUAGAAUGUGUUAACUAACAUGUAACCAGGGUAUGAUCUCAUAUUGUUAUUUCUCUCCUUAAUUGGAAAAACCUCAGUUUUAAUUAUUUUUCUCCAAAAAUAAAUCAUACAUUUGGUUAUGAUAUGUUUUUUCAUUGCAGUAUUUUUAAAAUAUAAUUCUUAAAGAUUCCUAAGAAACUACAAUAUUAAUCUUCUUAAAGUUUGUUUUUUCGUUUUUGGGGUUUUUUUUAAUAAAUGCAGUUGAGAAAUCUGGA